AUGUCUUUUUUACAUAAUAAUUCGUGUGAGUGUACAAAGUCGGAGCUUGACUUAUUUACAAUACCUCCAACACAAACAACGAUCGAAGAUUCUACAUGGGCUUAUUACAAUCCUAUUAGUUCAAUGAGUGAUGAUUCGCAAAUCGAAUUUCAUGUACCUGGAAUAAGUGAGGAAUAUAUAGACUUACCACAUACACUGUUAAAAAUUCGUGCUAAGAUUGUGGAUAAAAAUGGGGCAGUAGCACCGGCAACUGACGCUGUAGGGCCAGUUAAUUUAACACUCCACAGUCUCUUUCAAAAAGUUGAUGUAUUAUUCAAUCAAAAAUUAGUAUCAGCUUCAAAUAGCACAUAUCCUUACAGAGCAUACAUUGAAACAAUUCUUAAUUAUAGAUAUGAUGCAACAAAUAGUCAUCUUCAACUAGCGUUAUGGUAUCCUGACACUCCCGGACGUAUGAAUACAAAUAGUGUUGUUGCUGCAGAUGCAAAAAAUGAAGGCUUAGUUGCCAGAUGUGUUCAUACGAAUGCCGGAAAACAAUUUGAGAUGAUUGGGCAUUUACAUGUUGAUGUAUUUAACCAGGAAAAAUUUUUAUUGAACGGGAUUGAAAUGAAAAUUAAUCUCACACGGUCAAAACAAGAAUUUUGUUUAAUGGAUACCUUAAACGACAAGGAUUAUAAAAUACAAAUAUUAGAAGCGUCAUUGAUUGUACGCCGAGUCAAGCUAAAUCCUCAUAUUAUGAUUGCUCAUGCAAAAGCCUUAGCGAAAACGACAGCUAAAUAUCCCCUUACUAGAGUGGAGGUCAAGAGUUUUUUACUCACCGCAGGAAUCCUUGGAAAUUGUCUCGACAAUAUUAUUAUUGGUACUUUACCUAAGCGAGUUGUUAUUGGAUUUGUUGAUAACCGGGGCUUUAAUGGUAAUAGGCUCUAUAAUCCAUUCUACUUCCAACACUUUAAUAUAAAUUUUCUAUGUCUCUACGUCGAUGGUAAACAAAUACCUGGAAAACCGUUGCAGCCUACAUUUUCCAAUAAUAUAUUUGAUGCUGAGGCAUACCACACACUUUUUUCUGGUACUGGUAUUCAUUUUGGAGACCAUGGCAUGCAAAUAGAUAGAGAUAGCUAUAGAAAAGGUUAUACGUUAUUUGCUUUUGACUUAACACCAGAUCUUUCCGCACAUAGUGCUGGUCAUUGGAACUUAAUUAAGAGUGGUAGCCUGCGUAUUAAAGUACGCUUCAGUGAAGCUUUGGCGCAAGUCGUUAAUUGUCUUGUUUAUGCCGAAUAUGAUAAUAUUAUCGAAAUAGACUCCAGCCGUCAAGUUAUAAUGGAUUAUAGUAAUUAA